ACUCAAACCCCCCCCCACCUAGUUAUGACUGUUUCCUCUGUUUUACAUUAUAAAAUUUUAAAAAAUUACCAAAAAAAGAGGAAGCGGAAGAAAAAGAACACACCGGGAAAAUCCCCAAAAUUGGCACUGGUGUGCUGCGCUGUGGCGUCUACGCUUGUGUACUUGGCUGGAGUCCCCCAGCUUUGAGGUUGCUUUGGAGAAAAGCACCCAAUAGGUUUGCAGGUUCCCCUUUAAAACAUUUUUUUCCCUCUCUCCUCGCUCCCCACCCCAUUUUUAUCCCAAACCCUCCUUUCUUCUGCCCUCAUUGCAGGCUGUUCCCUAAUGCAGUUGUCCUUCUGCAAAACUUCUUUCCCUCCCUCCCUCCUUCUUUCCCUCUCUCCUCCUCUCUCUCCUUCCCCCCCCCCCCCCCCAUAGAAGUCUGCUGACUAAGAUUUGACAAAACCGAGGAGGCUGCAAUACCGUCAGCAUUAUGCUGAUGAACUGGGGUUGGGAAAUAGAGGACAAGGAAGGAGGUUGAAAGGUGGGGGGAAACUCAAGGCACUCGGGGUGGGUGGGGCGGGAAUCCUCUUUCUCUCUCAGCGCCCCCCCCUCUCCUGCAUCAUCUCCAUCUCAACUUCGGCUGAGCUUCUGAGAUUUCUCUCUUUUUGCCCUGGGACGUCCCUCUUCUCAAGGAGAAACAAUGCUCCCUGCGAGGGCUGUGACAGGCACCUGCCUCCACCUUGCCAUCUUGACCCUCUGCUUCCGGCUCGCGGCUCCUCAGAAAGGACGGAAGAAAGUCGUGCAUGUCUCAGAGGAUGACAGUGGUGCCGUCGUGGUGCAGACAGCUCCGGGCAAAGUGGUCACCCACCGGGGCGGCACCAUCAUCCUGCCCUGCCGCUUCCACUACGAUGUCUCGGCCCACGACCCUGACGAGAUCCGCCUGAAGUGGACCAAGCUUGUGGAGCCCAUGUCCUUUGAGGACGUCUUUGUGGCGAUGGGCGUGGAGCGCAGGGCUUUCGGGAGCUACAGGGGCCGCACGGCGCUGCAGGAAGACGGCUCUGGGGACGCCUCCCUCAUCAUCCGGAACGUGACCCUCCAGGACUACGGGCGCUAUGAAUGCGAGGUGACCAAUGAGCUGGAGGACGAUGCUGGGAUGGUGAACCUGGACUUGGAAGGGGUGAUCUUCCCUUACCACCCCCGCCUGGGGCGCUACAGCCUGAACUUCCACGACGCCCAGCAGGCCUGCCUGGAGCAGGACGGGAUCCUGGCUUCCUACGACCAGCUCCACGAAGCCUGGCUGGAGGGGAUGGACUGGUGCAACGCCGGCUGGCUGCAGGACGGCUCGGUGCAGUACCCCAUCUCCAAGCCGCGGGACGAGUGCGGCCGGAAGGAGACCCCCGUCGGGGUGCGCAACUACGGCUACCGCCACAAGGACGACGAGCGCUACGACGCCUUCUGCUUCACUUCGAAUCUGAACGGCAAAGUCUACUUCCUCAAGACCUACCGCAAGCUGAGCUUCCCGGAAGCUGUCCAGGCGUGCAAGAAGAACGGAGGCGCCGUGGCCAAAGUCGGCCAGCUCUACGCUGCCUGGAAGAUCCAGCUCUUGGACAAGUGUGAGGCCGGCUGGGUGGGCGACGGCAGCAUCCGCUACCCCAUCGUCAACCCCAGAACCCGCUGCGGGGGCCGCGAGCCUGGCGUCCGCAACCUGGGCUUCCCCAACAAGAAAUACAAGCUCUUUGGCGUCUAUUGCUACAGAAGCGCCACCAGUGGAGGGUCCAAGGUGGCCGCCAAGGAGGGAGCAGGCAAGUGGAAACCUUUGCAGGUGUAAACAAGGUCGGCUUUGAACGGACAUGAAUCCUUGCAUCUCCCUCCAUCUUCCAGCCUCGAGGGACUGGGAGGGUUUUUCCUUGACCUUCCUCUGGAGAAGGAAACAAGUCUGCUGUGAAACAUGCAUUUGCUGGUCGAAGAGUCCCGAAAAACCAGAAGAGAAGGGCCGUUCCAGAUUCAGUUGAUUCUUUGCGGACUUCCAGAAACCCUGGGAAUCCAAGUUGCACCCAGCUUCUCACAAACCAUGACUUACGAUGCCCGCCCCCCGCUCUGCUUGAGUCUUCUUUUCCAAGAAACCCUGGCUGUUUGCAGUUUGCUAUUAUAUUAACGCUUCAGAUAUAGCUUUUACAAGGUGUGUGUGUGGGGGGGGUCUCCCCUGCCUUUUGCAAAGGGAGGAGGCACACAGGGAUUUGUCGCCACUGAGGAUUCAGCAGCCACCUGUCGCGAGGGAUCUGCUCCCCCCCCCUUAUAAACUACAAAAUGAAGACAAAUAUUUCUUCUUUUAUGCAUGGUAUUUGGGAGCGCCACAGUUAAUUGGACAGCAUUGCGUUGCACUGAAGGGCACUGCAGUCGCGCUGAGCUUCUUUUCUCUCUUCAUCCUGCAACCUGAAAGGGGGGGAGGCACACACCCCAUUACCGUUCCCGCUCUCCGUGCUCCUCCAGAGGUCAUUUUGCCCAGACAACCAAAUCCUACAAGUUUCUGUUGUCGUCUAGAAAACUGGAAGCGCAUGUUCAUCAAUGUGUGGUUUGUUGGGAGAGACUGUAGGGUCCUUGGAGCACAGCUCCUGUCAUUUUGUUUUGUUAUCUAUCUAUUAUAGGGGGUUGGACUAGAUGAGUCUUCUAACUCCACAGUUCUACAAUUUAUUGUCCUUUUU